AAGUCCCAGGGGGACCAUGGGAGGGGAUCCCAGGUGGCUCUUAAUGGAGCCAUGCAUUUCCAUUGCCUGUCUAGAUUCCCCCCCAGGCUGCAUGGGGAGCAGGGGGACAGCAGGUAUAAGAGGCUGGUGUGGCUGUAGGGAGGUAGAUGGCAGCAUGGAUUCCAGGCGGGUGGCUGUGCUGCUGCUGUUGCUGUUAAUGGACUGGGGCCAUGCUGAAGGACCAGGGGUCCAGGAUGAAGACCCAAUCUUUGUGGAGGAAGACAGUGGACCCCACCCACAGCAGCAUGCCCAGAACCCUGGGUCCCUCUUGCGCUCUUUGCUGCAGGCAAUGGAGAGACCUGGCAGGAGCCCAGCUUUCCUGUUUCAGCCCCAAAGGUUUGGCAGAAAUGCCUGGGGGUCCUGGAGCAAAGAGCGGCUGAGUCCUCGGUCUGGAGCGUUCUGGAGCUUGGCUGCCCCUCAGCGUUUUGGGAAGAAAUAA